AAAAUAUCCCAAAACAAAACACUCGCCAAAACAUAUCAUGCGCAUAAAAUAAAAUUGGAAAAAUAUUACAAAAAAUACUAUAUAAACUGGCAAAUAUAUACACUUAAAGGGAGAAUUACAGAAAAUAGAUUAGCAGAUGAUGAAAAUUGUCCAACGAAGUGAACAGAAAUUGAUUGUCUGAAGCAGUACACAGAACCAACAACAAACAGUAAACGAAGAGUGACAAACAGCAGUAGAGAAAUAAUAAAAAACCAGAGUGUCGGUGUGAAUAGAACAGGACAGAAGCAAAAAAGUACUAGAAGCGGUCGUAUUGAUAUAAAAUAAAAAAUAAAAGUGCAAAAAAAUAUUAUUCGAGCAAAUUCCGCAAAGAAAAAAAAAAACAAUUUAAACAAAAAUCCCACAAACGCAAUUAACAAAAUACAAUUAUAUACAAAAAUAAAAAGAAACAAACAAAAUAAAAGACAAACAAAACAAAAUUCAUUAAGAAUUUUAUUUUUCUUUUCCAAAUUUUCCGUUUAUCUAAUUUUAUACAUCAAGCACGGGAAAAAAAGAGGAUUCUAAUCUAACUACCCCCAACUGUAAAAGAAACAAAAAAUCAAUUGUAUUAGCUAUGGAUAUUUUAAAGAAAAUGUUCCAACAGAACGAAGAUGAGGCCAAAAAGAAUUUGGAUUCGAAUGCCUCGGCUAAGGAUGAAUUCCGUAAACCGCAAUGGUUCGAAGAGGCCGAAACCGACGAUGAACUAUUCGAUGAUGAUCGUAAAUUUGUUUUUCAAAUUUUCACCAAUCCCAUGGAAUUGCAAAAGCAUUUCGAAAGGCAAAUGCAGCAAAUAUUGGAGGCUGUUAGCGAAAUGGAAGGUGAUAAUGGUGUUGCUGUAGAAAAGGAUCUUAAGGAGGAAUAUUUAAAGCCUGGCUUUGAAAGCGAAAUUCUUAAGGAGUUCGAAAAACAAAAGAAACAUUAUUUCGAUACCGAUUUGGAUGGAGAAAUAUUUCCCGAACAAUUGCAUUCGCUAAUACAACGUUUCGCCAACGGCGAGGGAGAAGUUCUCAAGCAUAUACCCGAAAGUGAAGCGCAAGGCAAUAUUUUGCCACGAAAUGAUAAUAAGUUUUCACGCAACUGGAAGACUAAACCAAAACUAAGCGAUGAAGAAAUCAUAAUGGGUAAAAUUCAUGGUACUUUAAUAGACGAAGAUAAAGAGUUGCGUAAGCGACCUGCACCGCCGUCUAUGAUACCGCGUGGUGGUCGUCCCGAUAUUAUGACACCCAUGACCCCUAUGAUGCCAAGGGGUUCAUUUGGUGGUGGAGCCUUUGAUGGAAACUAUCAGGGCCCCAAAAUGUUUAGUCAAAGUGUUAUGACAAAAACUAUACGCAAACCCGAUGGCACUUAUGAAACCACUAAAGUUACUCAGGAUUCACAGGGUAAUAAGACCACUACUGUUACACGUACAGUAGAUGGCAAAACCGAAACUGUUACCACUUAUGAUGGGGCCGCUGGAGGAGGAACUGCUGGUCAGAAUCAAAUGCUGCAAAGACAUGCUGAUAACAAACCAGAGGCACAGGUCUAUUCGGAUCGUAAUGUCUAUGUCUCGAAAGAAGGUUAUGCCUUACCACGGAACCUCUGGUGACCAGUGGUUGGCCAAUUGCAGAUAAAUAACAAUUUGCAAACUAUUAUUAAUAUUAUAAGUAUAUAUAAACAGCAGCAACAAAAACAACUAUAUCCAACAACCAUAUUAAUGGACACUUUAUUCUUCGUAGAACAACUUUAUGUAGUUAUUAUUAUGAUUAUGACUGUAGUACUACUACUACUACUACUUUUGGCUUUAGCUUCAAUAAUUGUUUAUUUAUUAUUAUCAACUCCACCAACACCAUCAUCGUCAGCCGUUUUCCGUGAUGCUAAUUUUACAAAUUUUAUUUAUAGAUUUACUCGUAUUUGGUGUUUUAGAUGAAGAAAAUCUUAAUUGAGACUUGAAAGAAACAAAAUGGACAUUUUUAACUACUCUGUACUGUAACGCGCUACAAUUUAUGGCAAAAAUACUAAUGACUUUUUUUUUGUGAACAAAAGCAAACAAAUCUUGAUUUGAUUGAAGCAAAAGAAACGUUUAAAAUUAGUCAUUGUUUUUUGUUAUACAACAAAAAUUGUAUUAAAAAUAAAAUUUAUUUGUCCUGUUGUUUAAAACAAUUCAAAGCAACAAAGUAACGAACAGGAUUGAUUAUUCACAGCCACCAUAAGGCUGGUUUAAUGCCUCUAUGAUGGCCUUGUGAGAGAUAAAAAACAAAACUGAGAUAUGAGCAACAAUGUAUUAUUGUUGAAAUUAAACAAAAAAAAAACAUCAAAUUAGUUUUUGAUUUUAAUACACUGCGUUUAAUGUUUUGUUUUCAUCACAAACACACACAUACUUUGCACUUAAAAUUUGAUUUAAAUUUAAUUUAUGAAACAUUUUAAACAUUUAUGUGCAAUUUGUAUAUCCUUUUUUGAUGAAUGUCUUUCGGACAAAGUUGAUAAAUUUUUAAACCAAAGUUUUUUUUUGUAUGUAUUUGUGUAUAUUCUUUUAAUUUAGUUUUCCUUUUCAUUUAUAUUCCUAUAGUUUUCUCAUCAUUUCAUUAUUAAUCAAACCAUCAUACAUACAUAUACGCUCGUAAUAAAAGUCAGGCAUUAUUCAUUUGAUUCAAGGAAAGAAGAUAAAUUUGAAAGUUUAGGAAAACUUUGUGUCUGUCUCAAUAAAGUAACAAUAAAACUCAUCUAAAAUACUAAACUACGAAAUCUUUGUCAUUUUGCUUGAAGUAGUAUAUGAAACUAAAUUCUAUAUUCUUUAAACAAACAAAAAAAAAGAAUGAAACGUAUAUAUCCUCUACUAACUCUCUAACUAAUGUUGUUUCAUUCAUUAUUAUCUUUAUUAAUUUUUAAAACAAAAGAAUUGAAAUAAAUGUUGGUAAAAUUCUACUCUUUUAUUACUGUACUUGUUAAAAGGGUUUAUAAUUAAAACUUGGUAAACGGUCUCUAGCUAACUAACGAAACUUUCAUAUUUGAUUUUUUUUAUAAACAAUUUCUUUUUCAUUUCCUUUUGGCCACUUUUUUUAUUAUAAUAAUUUUACUAUUUAUAUUAUUAAGAUAUUAAUAAUUAUUUUAAGUUUCUAUUGCAAAUUGGUCGUGUUUAAAUUCCAAUUAAUUAUAAAGACAUACAUUUUAAUUUAACAAAAUUUUAGUUUAUAGACUGCAAACAAAAUUAUUUAAGUACUUUUAUUUUUCUUUUAAUUACAUAUAAUUUUAAAUCAGAGUGAAAAUAAACAAAAUGCAAUAUCGA